AUGCUCCGGCGCCAGGCCAGAGAACGCCGUGACUACAUCUAUCGUCGCGCGCUCCAACUUCGGGAUGCAAGCAUCGCAGAGAAGCGUGCUCUCCUCAAACAGUCCCUCGCCUCGGGAAAACCUCUAGACCCCUCCAUCGCCAACGACAAAUCUCUGCGCAAAGACUUCAAGUACGACCAAUCCCUUGACCCCGACUCUGCUGCUGCUCAGGACUCUAUCGACGAUGAAUACUCUAUGCUCUCGGGACUCUCCGACCCUCGACCCCUCAUCACCACCUCUCGUAGCCCUUCCACCCGUCUCGCCGCCUUCUCGAAAGAAAUCCGGUUACUGCUGCCCACCUCCAUUCGUUUGAAUCGAGGAAAUCUCAUCCUGCCCAAUCUUGUCGCCAGUGCUAAAUCUGCCGCCCUGACCGACAUUAUCCUACUGCACGAGCACCGAGGCACUCCGACUGCCAUGACCAUCUCUCAUCUCCCCCAUGGCCCUACCGCUUCCUUCUCGCUCCACAACGUCGUCCUGAGGGCCGAUAUUCCCGACUCUGCCAGAGGAACCGUCUCUGAGUCUUAUCCUCAUCUCAUUUUCGAAGGCUUUACAACCCGAUUGGGAAAGAGGGUCGUGCAGGUCCUCAAGCACAUCUUCCCUCCCCGUGACGGUCCUCACCGGCUCGGAACUCGUGUGGUCACUUUCAAGAAUGUUGGGGACAGUAUCCAAGUCAGGCACCAUGUUUUUGUACAAACCAGUUAUCGAGAUGUUGAGCUCGCUGAAGUUGGUCCUAGAAUGACCAUGCGAUGUUUCGAGAUCAAGGCCGGCACUCUCGAGUCCGGUGCAGGAGGCGAUAUCGAAUGGGCGUUGACCCAAUACACGAGAACCUCAAGAAAGAAGGACUAUCUAUGA